GGGCGCCGGGACGCGGCUGCGCUCAGUUCUCUCCUCUCGGAAGCUGCAGCCAUGAUGGAAGUUUGAGAGUUGAGCCGCUGUGAGGCGAGGCCGGGCUCAGGCGAAGGAGAUGAGAGACGGCGGCGGCCGCGGCCCAGAGCCCCUCUCAGCGCCUGUGAGCAGCCGCGGGGGCAGCGCCCUCGGGGAGCCGGCCGGCCGGCGGAGGCGGCAGCGGCGGCGUUUCUCGCCUCCUCUUCGUCUUCUUUUCUAACCGUGCAGCCUCUUCCUCGGCUUCUCCUGAAAGGGAAGGUGGAAGCUGUGGACUCGGGCGGGAGCCGGCUGAGGCGCGGCGGCUGCACCUCCCGCUCCUGGAGCGGGGGGGAGAAGCGGCGGCGGCGGCGGCGGCUGCAGCUCCGGGGAGGGUGUCGGAGUCGCCUGUCACCAUUUCCAGGGCUGGGAACGCCGGAGAGUUGGUCUCUCCCCUUCUACUGCCUCCAACACGGCGGCGGCGGCGGCGGCACAUCCAGGGACCCGGGCCGGUUUUAAACCUCCCCUCCGCCGCCGCCGCACCCCUCCUGGCCCGGGCUCCGGAGGCCGCCGGAGGAGGCAGCCUUUCCGAGGAUUAUUCUUCUCCCCAUUCCGCUGCCGCCGCUGCCAGACCUCUGUCUGCUGAGGAGAAGCAGGCCCAGUCGUUGCAACCAUCCAGCAGCCGCCGCAGCAGCCAUUACCCGGCUGCUGUCCAGAACCAAGCGGCAGCAGAGCGAGGGGCAUCAGCCACCGCCAAGUCCAGAGCCAUUUCCAUCCUGCAGAAGAAGCCCCGCCACCAGCAGCUUCUGCCAUCUCUCUCCUCCUUUUUCUUCAGCCACAGGCUCCCAGACAUGACAGCCAUCAUCAAAGAGAUCGUUAGCAGAAACAAAAGGAGAUAUCAAGAGGAUGGAUUCGACUUAGACUUGACCUAUAUUUAUCCAAACAUUAUUGCUAUGGGGUUUCCUGCAGAAAGACUUGAAGGCGUAUACAGGAACAAUAUUGAUGAUGUAGUAAGGUUUUUGGAUUCAAAGCAUAAAAACCAUUACAAGAUAUACAAUCUAUGUGCUGAAAGACAUUAUGAUACCGCCAAAUUUAACUGCAGAGUUGCACAGUAUCCUUUCGAAGACCAUAAUCCACCACAGCUAGAACUUAUCAAACCCUUUUGUGAAGAUCUUGACCAAUGGCUAAGUGAAGAUGACAAUCAUGUAGCAGCAAUUCACUGUAAAGCUGGAAAGGGACGAACUGGUGUAAUGAUUUGCGCAUAUUUGUUACAUCGGGGCAAAUUUUUAAAGGCACAAGAGGCCCUAGAUUUCUAUGGGGAAGUAAGGACCAGAGACAAAAAGGGAGUAACUAUUCCCAGUCAGAGGCGCUAUGUAUAUUAUUAUAGCUACCUGUUAAAGAAUCAUCUGGAUUAUAGACCAGUGGCAUUGUUGUUUCACAAGAUGAUGUUUGAAACUAUUCCAAUGUUCAGUGGCGGAACUUGCAAUCCUCAAUUUGUGGUCUGCCAGCUAAAGGUGAAGAUAUAUUCCUCCAAUUCAGGACCCACACGACGGGAAGACAAGUUCAUGUACUUUGAGUUCCCUCAGCCAUUGCCUGUGUGUGGUGACAUCAAAGUAGAGUUCUUCCAUAAACAGAACAAGAUGCUAAAAAAGGACAAAAUGUUUCACUUUUGGGUAAAUACAUUCUUCAUACCAGGACCAGAGGAAACCUCAGAAAAAGUAGAAAAUGGAAGUCUAUGUGAUCAAGAAAUUGAUAGUAUUUGCAGUAUAGAGCGUGCAGAUAAUGACAAGGAAUAUCUAGUACUCACUUUAACAAAAAAUGAUCUUGACAAAGCAAAUAAAGACAAGGCCAACCGAUACUUUUCUCCAAAUUUUAAGGUGAAGCUGUACUUCACAAAAACAGUAGAGGAGCCAUCAAAUCCAGAGGCUAGCAGUUCAACUUCUGUAACACCAGAUGUUAGUGACAAUGAACCUGAUCAUUAUAGAUAUUCUGACACCACUGACUCUGAUCCAGAGAAUGAACCUUUUGAUGAAGAUCAGCAUACACAAAUUACAAAAGUCUGAUUUUUUUUUUAUCAAGAGGGAUAAAACACCAUGAAAACAAACUUGAAUAAACUGAAAAUGGACCUUUUUUUUUAAUGGCAAUAGGACAUUGUGUCAGAUUACCAGUUAUAGGAACAAUUCUCUUUUCCUGACCAAUCUUGUUUUACCCUAUACAUCCACAGGGUUUUGACACUUGUUGUCCAGUUGAAAAAAGGUUGUGUAGCUGUGUCAUGUAUAUACCUUUUUGUGUCAAAAGGACAUUUAAAAUUCAAUUAGGAUAAAUAAAGAUGGCACUUUCCCAUUUUA